AUGUUCUCCGUUCUUGCCUUCAAAAGCGAAAGCCUGGAAGUACUUCGCCUCGAUUACAAUUUGAUUUCCAGCGUGGAGUUCGACGGAUGGGCUACUCCCAAAUUGAGAGAACUUUACCUCAAUAACAAUCCUAUGACCUCCGUUCUUGCCUUCGACGGAUGGGCUACUCCAAAGUUAAGGCAACUCCAUCUUUUCGGCAAUUCUUUGACCACGUUCCCUGCUUUUCAGAGUGAAAGCCUGGAACUACUCGGCCUGAAUGACAACAAGAUCACGAGUUUGCAGUUCGACGGAAGGGGUUCACCCAAAUUGAGGGAACUCUAUCUCAAUGACAAUUCCUUGACCACUAUCCCGGCCUUAAAAAGCGACAGUCUCGAAAUACUAAAUCUCAAUGAUAAUAAGAUCAAGAGGGUUGAGUUCGACAAAUGGGCAACUCCCAAAUUAAGAGAACUCUAUCUCAAUAACAAUUCGUUGACCACAUUCCCACUUUUUGAAAGUGAAAGUCUGGAAAUACUCGGCCUCAAUGACAAUCAGAUCACAAGUGUGGAGUGCGACUCGUGGGCAACUCCCAACUUGAGAGAAAUCUAUCUCGAAAAUAAUUUGUUGACCUAUGCCACGAAUAUAAAAUGCCACAGCCUUGAAAUACUCAGUUUAUUUGGCAAUCACAUCACCGAUGUGGAGUUCGACGCAUGGGCAACUCCCAAAUUGAGAGAACUUUACCUCAAUAACAAUGCUAUGACCUCCGUUCUUGCCUUCAAAAGCGAAAGCCUGGAAGUACUUCGCCUCGAUAACAAUGCGAUUUCCAGCGUGGAGUUCGACGGAUGGGCUACUCCAAAGUUAAGGCAACUCCAACUUUUCGGCAAUUCUUUGACCACGUUCCCUGCUUUUCAGAGUGAAAGCCUGGAACUACUCGGCCUGAAUGACAACAAGAUCACGAGUUUGCAGUUCGACGGAAGGGGUUCACCCAAAUUGAGGGAACUCUAUCUCAACAACAAUUCCUUGACCACUAUCCCGGCCUUAAAAAGCGACAGUCUCGAAAUACUAUAUCUCAAUGAUAAUAAGAUCAAGAGGGUGGAGUUCGACAAAUGGGCGAUUCCCAAUUUGAGAGAACUUAAUCUCGAUAACAAUAUGUUGUCCUCAAUUCCGGCCUUUGAGUGCCAGAGCCUGGAGCUACUCGCUCUCCGGGACAAUAAGAUUACAAGUGUGGAGAUCGAUAGAUGGGUGACUCCCAAUUUGAAAGAACUCGAUCUCUACAACAAUUCCUUGUCCUCUCUUUCGUCCUUCAAGAGUGACCGCUUGGAAAUACUCAGUCUUAGUUACAAUAUCUUCACGAGAGUGGAUUUCGACGGAUGGGCAACUCCCAAUUUGAGGGAACUCUGGUUCCACAACAAUUUCUUGACCUUUAUCCCGUCCCUCCAUAGCUACAGUCUUAAAAUCCUCUGUCUUUACAACAAUAAGAUUGGGAGUGUGCAGAUCGAUGGAUGGGCGACGUCGAAACGGAUUCUAUUCGGCAUUGCAACCAACCUUCUGCUGAAGAUUCUUAUUGCAGCAAUCAAGGGCAUGAAGAAUCUGGAGAAGUUCGAUUGUUCAAAGUGCAGUCUGGGUCUGACCCCUUCACGAGGUCUCCUGGAAUCCCAGAGCAAAGCCUUGAAUCUCGUAGCACUCUGGUGCAACAAUAUCUCAAAACUGGAUCAAGGAGUUAUUGUAGGCGGGUCCGAAGUGACUUAA